AUGGAGGCCAGGAGCCGGAGUGCUGAGGAGCUGAGGCGGGCAGAGCUGGUGGAGAUCAUCGUAGAGACAGAGGCGCAGACAGGGGCCAGCGGUAUCAACGUAGCAGGCGGCGGCAAAGAAGGAAUAUUUGUCCGUGAGCUACGUGAAGACUCGCCGGCCGCCAGGAGCCUCAGCCUACAAGAAGGGGACCAGCUGCUCAGCGCGCGUGUGUUUUUUGAGAACUUCAAAUAUGAGGAUGCACUACGCCUGCUGCAAUGUGCGGAGCCCUACAAGGUCUCCUUCUGCCUGAAGCGCACGGUGCCCACCGGGGACCUGGCGCUGAGGCCUGGGACCAUGGCUGGCUACGAGAUCAAGGGCCCCAGGGCCAAGAUGGCCAAGCUGAACAUCCAGAGUUUGUCCCCAGUGAAGAAGAAGAAGAUGGUGAUACCCGGGGCCCUGGGGGCCCCUGCAGACCUGGCCCCCGUUGACGUCGAAUUCUCCUUCCCUAAAUUCUCUCGGCUGCGUCGAGGCCUUAAAGCCGAGACAAUCAAGGGUCCUGUCCCAGCUGCCCCAACCCGCCGGCGCCUUCAGCUGCCCCGGCUUCGGGUCCGAGAAGUGGCUGAGGAGACUCAGAUAGCCCGGCUGGCAGCUGCUGCUCCUCCGCACAGAAAGGCCAAGGCGGAGGCCGAGGUGGCAGCAGAAGCCCGCUUUACAGCCCCCCAGGUGGAGCUGGUUGGCCCCCGGCUGCCAGGUGCUGAGGUGGGAGCCCCCCAGGUCUCUGUGUCCAAGGGGCCAGGGGAGGUGGCUCCCACUGCAGAAGUAGCUGGUGGCUUUGCCCUCCAUCUUCCAACCCUUGGAGUGGCAGCCCCAGCUGCACCCACUCUGGAGCCCAUGGCCAUGGGGAUCCAGGUCCCGCAAGUGGAGCUGCCCACCUUGCCUUCGCUACCUACUUUGCCUACACUGCCCUGCAUGGAGACCCGGGAAGGGGCUGCACCAGUGACAGUGCCCACCUUGGAUGUGGCAGCACCCACAGUAGAGGUGGACCUGGCCUUGCCAGGUACAGAAGUGGAGGUCCGGGGAGAGGCCCCUGAGGUGGCCCUGAAGAUGCCCCGCCUUAGUUUCCCCCGCUUUGGGGCUAGAGCAAAGGAAGUUACUCAAGGCAAGGGGGCCAAGGGCAGCCCUGAGGCCAGGGCAAAGGGGCCUAAACUCCGAAUGCCCACCUUUGGGCUUUCUCUCUUGGAACCCCGGCCUACCACUCAGGAAGCCAUGGAGAGCAAACUGAAGCUGCCUACCAUCAAGAUGCCCUUUGGCAUUGGGGUGACAGGGCCUGAGGUCAAGGUGCCCAAAGGGCCCGAGGUGAAGCUACCCAAGGCCCCUGACAUCAAGCUUCCUAAAGUGUCAGAGAUGAAAGUACCCGAGAUGGCUGUGCCAGAGAUGCAGCUUCCGGAGGUAGAGCUGCCAAAGGUGCCCGAGAUGAAGCUCCCGAAGGUGCCCGAGAUGGCGGUACCCUGUGUGCACCUUCCGGAAGUGCAGCUCCCGAAAGUUCCAGAGAUGAAGCUUCCGAAAGUGCCUGAGAUGACCAUACCCGAUGUGCACCUGCCGGAAGUGCAGCUCCCGAAGGUGCCAGAGAUGUCUGUACCGGAUGUGCACCUCCCGGAAGUGCAGCUCCCAAAAGUUCCAGAGAUGAAGCUCCCUAAGGUGCCGGAGAUGGCCGUGCCAGAUGUGCGUCUGCCAGAGGUGCAGCUGCCCAGAGUCUCGGAGCUGAAACUCCCCAAGCUGCCGGAGAUGGCCGUGCCGGAUGUGCGCCUCCCGGAAGUGCAGCUGCCCAAGGUCUCGGAGAUGAAAGUCCCCGACGUGAAGCUCCCAGAGAUGAAGCUCCCCAAGGUGCCCGAGAUGGCGGUGCCUGAUGUGCGCCUCCCAGAAGUGCAGCUGCCAAAGGUGUCCGAGAUGCGGCUGCCGGAAAUGCAAGUGCCCAAGGUUCCUGAUGUGCGCCUUCCGAAGGCUCCGGAGGUGAAGCUGCCCAAGGCUCCGGAGGUGCCACUUAAAGCUGCCGGGGUCGAGCAGGCCGAGUUUGACUUCAGGAUGCCCAAGCUGGGGCGGCCAGCGUCCCCGCCAGGAGGCAAGCCAGGCGAGGUGGGCGCUGAAGUCUCGGGGAAACUGAUGACACUUCCAUGUCUGCAGCCAGAGGGGGGCGGCGAGGCCCGCGUGGGUGUCCCCUCUUUUACACUGCCCUCAGUGGAGCUGGACCUGCCGGGGGCCCUCAGCUCGGAGGGACAGGUCCAAGUAAGCUCAGUCCACAAGGUGGAGCGGGCAGGCGUCCCGCAGGUGGCAGGGGUCGGGGAAGCGGGCUUCCGGGUGCCCUCUGUUGAGAUUGUCACCCCACAGCUGCCCACUGAGGAGGGUGAAGAAGGGCGGGUAGAGGCGACCGAGAUGAGAGUCAAGUCCUCCAAGUUCUCCCUGCCCAAGUUUGGACUGUCAGGGCCCAAAGUAGCCAAAGCUGAGGCUGAAGGGGCUGGGCGAGCCACCAAGUUAAAAAUCUCCAAAUUCGCCAUCUCCCUUCCCAAGGCUCGGUUGGGGACAGAGGCAGAGGCCAAAGGGGCUGAGGAAGCAGGCCUGCUGCCCGCCCUAGAUCUGUCUGUCCCGCAGCUCGGUCUGGAUACCCACUUGCUCACAGGCAAGGUGGAGGUGGCAGGGGCCGAUGGCAAGCUCAAAGGCUCCCGCUUUGCCCUGCCCAAGUUUGGGGUUAAAGGUCGAGACACAGAGGCUGGAGAACUAGUGCUGGGGACUGCUGAGCUGGAGGGCAAGGGCUGGGGCUGGGAUGGGAAGGUGAAGAUGCCUAGGCUAAAAAUGCCCUCCUUUGGGCUGGCAAAGGGGAAGGAAGUAGAAGUCCAGGGUGGGCGCACCAGUCCCAGGGAAAAGCUAGAGUCCACAGCCCGGCAAUUGAAGCUCCCGGAGCUGGAACUGGUCACAUUGGGGCCAGAGGAGGAAGGGCGGGCAGAGGGUGCAGUGGCUGCAGGGCGGCAGGUCUCCAUGACCAGGAAGACAGAUAGCGAGGGCCAGGAGGGGACCCUGUGGAGGCCCCCACAGGGCAUCUCCCUGCCCCAGGUGGAGCUGACCAGCUUUGGGGAGAUGGGAGUGGGUGCCACUGCAGGGCAGCAGGCUGAGGGAACAGUUCCUUCUGCGGAGGGUACUGCAGGCUCCAAGGUCCAGGUGCCUCAGGUGACUUUGGCCUUGCCUGGGGCCCAGGUGGCUGGUGGUGAGCUAUUGGUUGGUGAAGGCAUCUUCAAGACGCCCACUGUGACCGUGCCCCAGCUUGAGCUGGAUGUGGGACUAAGCCGAGAGGCACAGGCAGGUGAAGUAGCUGCAGGUGAAGGGGUGCUGAAGAUGAAGAUGCCCACAUUAGGGACAGGAGCUGGGAUGGGAACAGAGGGGACCAAGCAGCAGUCCACAGGGUCUGAACAUACUUUCCACCUUUCUCUGCCUGACGUUGAGCUCUCACCACCUGCAGUUGGCAGCCAUGCCGAGUACCAGGUGGCAGAGGGUGAGGGGGAUGCGGGGCACAAGCUCAAGGUGCGGCUGCCCCGGUUUGGCCUGGCACGGACCAAGGAGGGGACCGAAGAGGGCGAGAAGGUCAAGAGUCCAAAACUCAGGCUGCCCCGCGUGGGUUUCAGUCAGGGCGAAGUGACCUUUGGGGAAGGCUCCCCCAGCCCUGAGGAGGAGGAGGAAGAAGGCAGUGGGGACGUGGCAUCAGGGCAACAAGGCCGAGUGCGUGUCCGCCUGCCCCGAGUGGGCCUGGCCGCCCCUUCCAAGGCCUCCAAGGGGCAGGAGGGUGAGGCAGCCUCCAAGUCUCCUAGUGGGGAGAAGUCACCCAGGUUCCGCUUCCCUCGAGUGUCCUUAAGCCCCAAGGCCCACAGCAGGGAUCGGGAGGAGGUUGGGUUCAGGGUCCGGCUGCCCAGUGUGGGGUUUUCAGAGAUGGCAGGUCCAGGGCCCACCCGGAUUGAGGGGGCUCAGGCUGCCGCCAUCUGA